AUGUCUUUUUUCCUUCUAAUCGCUCAAGUUCCCGCCUUAUCACCCAAAUUGAAUAGCCUGCAACAUCUGACCUAUUUUGUAUCGGAAGAGGUACCGAGAGGUACCCGAGUGGGAAACGUCUUUAAUGACAUCGCUGAAAUGCUCGGCACGUAUACGACGACGAAGGACACAUUGCCAGUAAAUCUGAUGGUCACGAAUUGGCAGGACCUCGGUCCACAGCACUUUGCCAUUGAUUUAACCAGCGGCUAUUUGAUCGUGAGCUCAAAACUCGACAGAGAGACACUGUGCCCUAAUAGUGGUGUCCCCGUACCAUCAAGAGUUCCAUACCCUAAUAGAGGCAAAGGAGACAGUCAUUCAAUGCCAGAAAAAAUUCAUGCUCCGGAGGCUCCAGAUAGGCCCUGUUCUCUCACACUUCGCGUGGUUUAUACACCCGAGAAUACUGAAGGUGAUCCAGAGGACCCUCUUUUGCUGACGAUACGCAUAAUUAUUACUGACAUCAACGACCAAGUUCCAACUUUCCCCCAGACCCGGAUCAAUCUUGAACUCGGGGAGAUAUCCGCAGUGCCUGGGGAGACAACAAUAAACCUCCCAACAGCAAGCGACUCUGACGCAGGCUCUAAUGGGACCCUCUCCUACUGGCUGGAGCACUUGAUUCCUCCUUAUGGAAUGCAGCGUUUCAACUCAACGGAGUUUCCUUUUCGCUUGGAAGGUCUUGCGGAUGGGAACCCACUGCGAUUGAGGUUGAUUCAACCACUGGAUUACGAAAAUGUGAAAUCAUACGAGUUUGUACUGUGUGUUGAAGACAACGGAACACCAAAUCCGCUUAGUUCACGUCUAGGAAUCCACCUUGACGUGUUGGACGAAAACGACAACGCUCCGACUUUUUCAAAAUCAAACUACUUCAUAAUAAUAAACGAAUCACUUCCAAGGGGAAGUGUGCUGCUGGAUUUACAUGCACAGGAUUUCGACAGCGGUCAAAAUGGAUAUGUAUCCUUUGAACUCCCUAUCCCAAUGACAGAAGAGAGCAAGGCAAUUCAGCAAUACUUUGACGUCCGCACUAUUACUCCUGGUUAUGCCAAGCUCUUUGUCCGCCAAUCUCCUGAUCUUGAUAUCGGAAUCGAGAAGCAGUCGGAUUUUAGACCUGCAGCGCCUGGUGUUCACCUACGUCGAAGUCGUGACUUCGCUCUGCGCAUAGUUGCCACCGACAACGGCUCGCCAUGGCGACACACAUCAGAGGCGACUGUCACAAUAAGGGUGCUGGAUGUUAACGAUAUGGUCCCAAAGAUUUCCGUCAACUAUCUCAUCUCACCCCAUGUCUCACAGCAGAUCCGGAAUAUGUUGAUCGGUGGGCCAUCACUCCAAAAGAGCCACGGAGUGGUAAUGGAGAAUGUGGAGAGAAGUCUGGUGGCCUUUGUCACCGUGCACGAUGUGGACUCAGGGCCAUGGGGUCAGGUGUCUUGCAGGACCGACAAUGAUGCCUUCAAGUUAGUUUUCAUCGGCGGAAAUGGCAUUGAAGUUGAAACGCAUGAAGAUAAUGGUGAAGAGGAACCCCUCUCAGCGAAUAAUGGACUCUCCUUCAAACUGAUGACUCAGAGAGCGUUUGAUCGUGAGGAGAAACAGCAAGUCAACUUUCAUAUAAUUUGCGUUGAUAACGUGUUUAAGACAGGACAGGAACAAGCAUUUGUGCAGGAUCUAAGUCCCCGGGAUUCCGGUGUUCUUUCCGGGGAUGAUGGAACCGGAAGCAAACCGUUUACUGUGGUCAGUGACAGAGCAAAACAGCUAACUGGGACAACUCUUGUUUCCGUCCGUGUUUUGGAUGAAAACGACUGUGCCCCCGAGUUUAGCCAAUCUUUAUACACUUUUUCUGAGGAGGAAAAUGUUCCCGAUUUCGCUAAUCAGCCGGUUGCGAAAGGUGAAGGAAAAUCGAUCGGCAUCAUUCAGGCCCAUGACCGUGACCUGAACUCAAUGUUAACAUAUACACUGCUUAGUGUACCUCAAGAUGCCUUUCAAAUUGAUCCACAGUCAGGAAAUUUAUAUAUCGUUCGCCCAUUCGACCGAGAAGCUUUUCUUACAUCUUCUUACGAAGGUGUUGAGGUCAGGAGGGACCCGGCAACAAACGAAUCCAUAGUGGUUGCUCACUUUCUUGCCCGAGUGUCUGAUGGAAAGCACUCAGCUGACACUAAAAUUCAAGUGACCAUAGCUGAUGUGAAUGACUGUCCACCCGUGUUUGAAAAGAAUACCUACGAGUUCUUUGUAGAUGAGAACCACAGAUCACUGAAUGGUCAUCCCAUUGGCAAUGUUAAAGCUCAUGAUUCGGAUGCAGGAUUAAAGGGGAAAAUAAUUUACCGUCUGCAACCAGUUUCUGAUCAAAUGUUUUCAAACUCGACCAACUAUUUACGAGAUUACAACCCCAAUAGGCAUUUUAAAGUUGACCCGAAUACUGGGAGCAUAAGUACAUUGCGUCCACUCGAUAGGGAACGACAUAUUCAUCACAUAUUUCAUGUGGUUGCCGUCGACGCAUCUGGAAGCCCACUAUAUCAGAAGGCGAUCAAUGAGAAAAAGGGUCAGUUCACUGCAACAGCUACGGUUACUGUCAUAGUAAACGAUGAAAAUGACAACGCACCUUCCAUUACUUUCCCUGCGCCGCAUGCGACACUUCGGGUUGAGGCAGGCACACCAGCAGGUCAACAGAUAUUCACGGUGACCGCUACAGAUCCUGAUGCGGCAGAAAAUGGCACAGUGCGAUACUCUUUGUGGCAGUCAACGCCUCCGAUGGCUGAGUUGCGGUCUCAAGAGGCUGGUGCCAAAAGUACAAUUUUCGCCAUUGACGAACAGACUGGGAUCGUUAUGUUGACAGAAAAACUGCCUAGCAUCCCGAAAAAAUAUUUGCUAACGAUUGGAGCCCACGAUUUAGGAGGCGUAAUUCAGCGAAAUACCUCAAUUACAGCCAUUAUUCAUGUCAUGUCCAGAAGUAACUUGGACAUAUCAAAGAGUUAUGGACCAGAUUCAAGGGCUUUAAUAGUUGACCCAGACGACACCGAUGAGCAUACACUAGGUGGCAGCCUAAAAAGACUUCAGCCGCCCCCCGGUGGCCCUCUGAGAGCUCACCAGCAUCUCCUCGAUGGUGAAGCUGGGGACGGGCACUCCGAAGACUCGCGACUCCCACCUCCACCGAUGCCACCUUUUGCCUUCCUAACAGACAGAAUUAUCAUCUUCGUGCUAUCAUCAACAUUCGUGGUCCUGCUUGUGGUUACUGUAGUACUCAUCCUUCUCAUGCGCCGACGCAGAUUAAUCGAAAUGAGUACAAACCGCCACAGCAAAGACGGAAUAAAGGGUUGGGUACAGAGCAUACAAUCACUGCGUCCCACUGAGUUCCUUCCCAUCCCUGAUCCCAUUACCCAGUGUGGCUACUUCGCUUGCACAACUGGAUUUGCUCGUCCUUACCCUGUCUGUGCAGCCACGCACGCUUCUGGUCAACAGCCUGCAGCCAGGAGUGGGCAAGCUAGUUCCUCAGCAACUCGCCUCCUGUCUGGUCUCGUCACCCAGCCCCGUAAGCAUACAACCAAUGCCAGCGCCAAGGGCAUCGAUAUGUCCGACUAUGCUAAGAUGCCGAGACAAAAUCAAACGAUAGGAGAUGGGGCAAAGUGCGAAUACCAGAUUUUGCUCCAGCAAAAGACCCCGGUUUGCUUGCAACGUCGGCUCUCAGCUGCCGAGUCAGUCCAUGGGGGAAAGACGAUCAAUUUUCCAUUACCAGGGGAUUCUUGGCCUUCUACGUCUCAAGAAGAGAGUGAGCAGAGCAAUCCUUCGUUCAUUCAAAACGUGAAACUUAUCAACGGGGAACAGUUAUUCAAAUCAGCUUCUCUUCACCCUAUUGUCCAAGACAGCAGUUCUGACUGGAACUCCGAUAUGGAAGUUACAUCGGCCUCAAGGAGUCCACCGCAGCCACUCAAAACGGUCAAGUUCUCGACAAGCAGUCUACCACUUAGCAAACAAAGCACCACGGGUGACUGUUUGUCAAAGACUGCAGAAGCCAGUUACGUGUAG